AUGUGCAAGCCGCCACAGUUGGAGAGGGCCGCAGCGUGCUACCUGCAGGCCGGAAAGGCCUCAGAUGCUGCCGAGUGUCUGGCCCAGGCGUGGCUAGUGGAACGGGCACUAGCUGCGUGCUCACAAGCCAGGCUCUACAACCUAGGCCUCUCGCUCAUUCAUUCCUGGCAGAAGCAGAUUGCAGACGGGCUGAGCAGCAUUCUAAAAUUUGCAAGGGAGGACAGUCCUGUGAGUGCUCCCAUGAAAGGGGAUGAUUGGAAGAUGCGGCAGGAGCUGGUCACAAGGCUGAGUUCUGCUUUCCUCCUCGACGCUGCAAAAUUCUUCUAUCGGAAGAAGGAGAGGGGCAAGAUGAUGAAGUACGUUCUCCAGUUCCCUGCCGCAGCAGAGAAGCGGCGGUUCUUGGAGAGAAGAGACUUGUUUGAAGAGCUGUUGCAAGUCGAGGUGGCUGAGGGAAACUUUGAGCGGGCAGCCGCAGCGAGACUGAAGAAGGGCGAUAUGUUGGGGGCAGCUGAAAUGUUUGUUCAGCAGAAGAUGUGGGGCAGGGCGUUUGAGUGUGCAAUGGAAGCUGCCCGUGUUGCCAGCAUGUGGGCGAAUGGGAACAACGGGUGGCCCCUGAAUAGCAGCAGCAGCAGCAGCGCGAGGAGGGAGGAAGAUGAGGAUGAGGAAGAGGAGGAGGAGGAUGAGGAUGUGGGUGAAUGCGCAAGGGUGAACACAGGUGGGAAUGGUUGGAGCUGGAAGUCAGAAGUGAGGAAAUGGAUUAGUAAGGGAGCAGCAGCGAGGGUUGAAGGAGUUGAAAAAGAAGGUCAGAAGAGCAGCAAGGGAAGGAGCAGGAAUGCAUUGGAGCUGGCCGCUGCCAUCUGGCUGACACAGGAGGAGGCAUCGGUGUGCAGGGGUACAGGUUCGGUAGCAGCAUAUGGAGUAAGGGAAGGGAGGAGAGGAUUUGGGAAGGAAGCGGGGUGUUUGGCUCGGAGUGAGCAAGUGGGGAGUGCAGUGCAGGGGGAAGGAGCAGGGGAAUGGGAGAGCGAGGUGGACGCAGAGCAGGGGUUGGAGGCUCUGACCUUAUUGCUGCUGAGCAAGAGGAUUCAGCGAAGGGAUGACAUUGGGGACAUAAAAACAUUGUGGUGCCGGCUGACGGGUUGGGGAGGGGGGCGAAGCAUUGCCGCUGAAGUGCUGUGCAGCUGGAAGGCUCUGGAGCUGAGCCUGGAGAAAUUCAACACCUUUCUUUUGCACACCUUCUCCUCCCUUUCCUCUGCCUCUUCCCUCACAAGCACCACUUCCCCACUGCCGAACAGGGAGCGUCUCCCUAGCUGGCUCCCAACGCAGCGCCAUCGACAGGCAGUGCAAGCCAGCCCAGGAGAUUGGUGUAUCGGAGGAGGCAGACCACAGGGGAUACAGCAGGUGCAGCGAGGUGAGAGGAGGAGCGAGGAGGCGACGGAUGAAUCCUGGCCAGGCCUGCUCCAGCAGCUGGGGGUGCUGGUGGGGGAGGUGCAGCGCUGGUGGGGUGAGUGGAGUGAGAGGGUUGUGCAAAUGGUGGCGGCGUUGCAACGGCUGCGCAGGAGGAGGGAGGUGCCGGCAGAUCAGCCCUGGCUGAAUGCAGCCUUCCAUUUUCUUGCCGCCACACCCCCCACUGCCUCCAGUACAGCAGAGGGUGUGUCUACUGCAGCUCAUACUGCACCUCCUGCCUUGGAUUCGCCGUCACACUCCAUCCUGGUGGGUCUGUCCAGUGCCGUCUGGCUUCUGCCCGUGCGUGCUGCUGUGACCCGCCUGCCCAAUCAGGGCACUCGUGGGGAGGUAGCGAGGGAGGCUGCAGCUGAGGCAGGUGCCAUAUUCUGGGCCAGGCAGGUAGCAACGAUGGUGCAAGGCUGCCUGCAGGCCUUGGAUUUAGCCUUGUGCCAGACAAGCAUGGUGUUGCAGCUGAUGGGGCAUGGGAAUGAACUGCUGCUGCAAGGAGUGGGACAGCUAACAGGUCGGGUGACCCAGGGAGGAUGCAAGGUGCAGAAAUCUCAGCAGCAGCAGCAGCAGCAGGGGGGCUGCAGUCGGGAAGGGAUAUCUCGAGCGUUGGUACUGCGUCUGCAGUGCGAGUGGCUCGUGCAGUGCCUUGGGAUGCUGGAACGAGCCCUGCAGUGCUGCAAUGGCCGUAGGAAGAGUUGUCAACGGCCCCACACUCACUUAAAAACUCACAUCUCCAGUGCUGCUGACCGCGUUGCACAAGAGCUGGAUGGCGCUGCAAGCAUGUUGGAGCGGCUGCAGGACAGCCUGGCUCGGCGCCUGCUGCAGCAUGUGAUGCCGGUGGGCGCGCCCCUUCCCCGUGACGUCGCAUUGCUGACAGCGGAGGUGCGAGCUCAGGAGAGCACUGGCUUCGUGCUGCACUUCUGGGCUCUCCGGCUGCUUGCUGAAUGGGUGGGUGGAGCCACACGCCAGGAAGCGGUCACGCGGGACAAGGAAGGGGUCCUGUGGGGUUCAAAUGGAUUGGGGUCUGACAUGCAGGAGCCUGUGCUUUUGGCUCUCUUGGGGGACUUGCUGCUAGUGCUGCCGCUGUUGGGCUCCCGAUGGGUCCACAGGUACGGCCGGGAGCUGCUGCAGAGGCAGUCCAGCCGGCCUCAUGUGUACGCUGCGGUGCUGAGAGCGGUGGUGCAUGAAGAUGCUGUUCAAUCGUUCCUUGAGCAGCGGCACAGCCAUGGCGCUGCUGUCACUCUCGCCAGCACUGAGUGGGCGGCUGCUCUCCUGCAGGCGCUCACUAGCCGCAACCUGGGCCAACCAAGCGGCGAGGCCCCCAUCCCUCUCACUGCUGCUGUGUACGUGCUUGAAAGGGAAGUGACUUACCUAGCUGCAGCCAUCACAAAGCUCCGAAACUUCAUCAUUCCUACCUCCCUUGCGGCACUCCACCUGGAUAACCACCGCGCCUCUGCUCUCUGCACCCUCCUGCUCCAGUCACCACCGUGCAAAAUCCCUCCAGGCCACGACCAUCAGCUUAAAGCCCAGCUGAGUUGUCUGCACGGGCUUAUCAAGUCCCUUCUUCAGCAGCAGUGGUGGGCCAGCUCUGAGGCUCCUGCACUCUUUCUCCGUCUCCUCACCCUCCUCAUUGCUUCAUCGGCCAAUGUCCCGGCUUUCCACAACAGCACGGCCACCUUCCUCCGUGACCUUUGGCACUGCAACGGGUUGAUGCUGCAUCAGCUUCCACACCUCAUCCAUACUGAAUUCGCGGCCGUUUUGGGCGGGAAUCGGCUCAACCCCAAUGCAUUACACGACCGCUUUUCGUGGGCCAUGUUCAAGCUGGGUGACCCGUGGAUUGUGCUCCAGAGAAAAGGCUCCCCCUUCAUCCAUCGGCGCCGAUGGCAUGCAAAGCUGAGAAGGUUCAAUGUGGAGACGAGCCAGGUUCAGAGUGCCACGUCUUCUCUCUCGUGGGGUGCUGCAAAUGAGCCCCAUUCGCCUCAAGUGGAUGUUGGUGAGGAGUGGGUGCCUGGUGCUGACACUUGUCUUUCGGAGUGCAGCUUCUUCUCUCUUGUGGACCUGACAGGACGUGAGCCAGCAGGACACGUUGUUGGAGGUGUGAUUGCUGACUGGGAGGCGGAGGGUUGGGAGGGGAGAGAGGAAGAGUGGGAGGAGGAAAGGGAGGGUGUCAGGGGAGGGAGAUCUGAGGAGUGGGGCGGAGCUGAGGGGUUGUUUGAGGAGCAGGGCCAGGAGGAGCAGGAGGAGGAGGUGGAGGAGGAGAAUCUUGAUUUGGAGAGGAUGGAUGGGGAAGAGGGAAUUGAGAGUGUUGAUGCUGUUUUGGGGGAGGAGGGAGGGUAUAAGAGAGGGUCUGGGGACAAGGGGGAGGGAGAUGAGCGAGAGGAGGUGGACGGAGUGAAGAUUGCUGUUCGUGUUACUGCAACCUUAAGGCAGCUCCUUUCAGAGGUAGGCACACCAGAGAGCGAAAGGAAGGACCGAAUGUGGGGUGCCGAUGUGCUGCAGGUGGGGCGGUCGGACACGAUAGGCCAUAUUGCUAGGGAACGACUUCAGCAGGAAUUGCCACCACUGGAGAGGAGUCGCAGGGAGGCCAAGAGGGGCCUCAGUGUGUUACUGCAGGCGCGCAGCAAGGCUGUGAGGGAGUUCUACAUUAAGGAGUAUUUGGACCACGCCUCCCCCCUUGAGGUGAAAGCAUCGGCAUUUCUUGCCCUUGUGCACUGCGCUGUGCUAGCCGUGAAGGCUCGCCUCAGCACAGUGCAUGUCCCUUCAUUGGAGGAGCAGAUCGAGAGGGAUGAGCAGUUGCUGGACGCGGCAACCGAUGCUGCGGAGGAGCUCGAGGCUGCCUUGGCUGUACUGAACCAUGCGUAUGUGAUGAAGCACAAGAUGUAG